AUGAAACUAGCACUUGUCUCAACCCUAGUUCUUGCUACGUCGGCAGCUCUAUGCGCAUCAGCUUACCAAACUCUUUUAUCCAACAAAGACUUGCUUGCUUGCUACGACUUUACUAGUCUCUACUCGGAUCCAACUAGUGCAGUUACAGACCCUGAAAAAUACGAAUCGCAAUUUUUAGAUCAAUUUUGCACAAACCCAUCAUGUAGCGCAGAUGUAUUCAACAAAGCUUUCACUCCCGUCGUUUCGGCAUGCGGUGCCGAUACCUAUGGGGGUGCGAUCGCAGACAUAAUCGUCAGAUUCUACGGUCCUAUUAAAGGCGCUUCUUGCCUAAAGAACAGCACCGGAGGAUAUUGUAUAAUUGAAUCAACCGAAAAGUUGACACCAUACGAAAAUGCCAACAGCGUGAAUGACAUACCGGCAAGCGUCCUGUGCACAACUUGUAACAAGGCUUUUGUAGGCAUUUCUCAAGCAAUCGUCCAGCAAAAUGCAGCCUACCUCACCGCUCUCGGGUUCGAUAAAUCCGCCUAUGAUGCUCAGAUAGCGUUGAUUUCGUCAAAAUGUGGUGCAGAUUUUACGACACCCACUAGCCUUAGCAACGACAACACUAGCAAUUAUCGUCGCACAUAG